AUGGUGCGCCCGAGGGGUCUCUCCAACUCCUCCUCGGUCUCCUCAGUUCCCGACCAGGAUCAGGAACUGGGGAGUAUGUAUGAUUAUCUGGCUAAGGUGAUCUUGCUGGGUCCGAGUGGUGCAGGAAAAUCCUGUGUCUUACACCGUUUCGUUAAGAAUGAAUGGCGAGUACUCUCCUCGCAAACCAUCGGCGUCGAAUUCUCUUCCCGCAUCGUCAAGCUCGGCACAGGCUCUCGUCGCCGGCGCAUCAAGCUCCAGCUCUGGGAUACAGCUGGCACCGAGCGCUUCCGUUCUGUCUCUCGCUCCUACUACCGCGGCGCCGCCGGCGCAAUCCUCGUCUACGAUGUUGCCUCCUAUGCCUCUUUCGCUGCUCUCCCAACGUUCCUAAUGGAUGCGCGCGCACUCGCUUCGCCAAAUCUGACCGUCUUGCUAGCGGGGAAUAAAGCGGAUUUGGCAGAUUCGACCGCUUCAUCCGAUUACCACGACGAUGCACACCGACCCCCACCAACCCCAUCCAGCACCUCGAGUAAACAAUCGUCUCUCCCCUUCGAUGCGACCGGCUCCGUACGCUCAACGACAUACCUAGGCCCGGGGACGAGAAUGACCGCCUCAUUCGCCGAGGGUCGCGAGGUUAGUAAGGACGAUACCGCGCGCUGGGCCGCGCAGUCGAAUAUCCCCGUUGCAGUGGAGAUUUCCGCUCUCACAGGUGAGGGUGUGGAAGAGGUCUUUCAGCGGCUAGCCCGUAUUAUCUUGACCAAGAUUGAGUUGGGAGAAAUCGACCCGGAUGACCCGCAGAGCGGGAUUCAAUAUGGAGAUGGAGGCUUGUACGGUCAUGGUGCGAGUGAUGCCUCGAGUAUUCGGAGUCGAGCUACGCUGGAUGAGAAUGCUUUAUCACUGCAUCGGCCCUCGAGGAGACGGGGUCGGCCGAGUUCGGGCUGGAAGGGUGGGAUGAGAGAGUGGGAGGAUGUGUUCCGACUCGGUGGUUCGACGUCCCGCAGAAAUCGCGGGUGCUGUUGA